UGUGACAGGGACCGCGGGCGAGCCACCGCCUGCCUCAGCUGGGGGCAGGGGUCUGGGCUCUGUGCGGGAGGAGAGGCGGCUCCGGCGGACUGUUCCCUGAGGAUGGGGGAGGGAGGCACCGCACCCCGCACCCUGCACUUGCCCCGCUGGUCAUUGCUUCACUCCCAGGCAGGAGUUUCCAUUUCCCUCGGGUUGGCAGCGAAGGUGAAGGAGAGCCCAAGUGGCCUGGAGCCGGGACACUGCCCUCUCUCUGCCUUGAGAUUUCCCUCCUCUCCUCUUUCCCCAUCCAUUUCCCCCUCCGACUCAACAGCAGCAUUCUUCCCGGCUCUUUAAUUUGUUCCACGCACAUAUUCCAGGACUCAAAGCUAUUAAUUAUCGGCUGAAAAACAAAGUUUAUUUUAAAAUACUCCACUUCUUCCUCUGACUGGCGGUGGACGUUAAACAGCAUCCCUAGACUUUCCCGCUCUGCUCGCCCUUCUGUGGUGCUGGGAGAGGGAGGCAGGGCCCCGACUUUCGCCUCUCGAUUGUUGCUGAUGCUGAUUACCUGAUGUGUUGCUCCACGUCUUCGGUGUGAAUUGUAAUUUCUUCCUUGGUGUCUUGCAUCCUUGAUGUUACUGGCUUUUGAGUCCUCCAGAAUACACAUCAUAUAGGCCCUGAGGUGGAAUGGUGGUGUCUCCAUGAGGGAACCUCCUCUCACUCAUCCUGUCAUGUGUGUCAUACUGUUCUUGACUGGGCCAUUCAUCUAAGAUGGGAUUUACCCUAUGAAACAGGGAGAAGACUUAUGGACCCCAAACAUCAUUUCAAGUUGUAGUUGAGUUUUUUAAAGUACAAACAUACAUGCAGAGCUCCUUUGCUUUGGACCCUCUGCUUUGUUAAAGCUGUUGUGUUGCUAAACCCAGAACUGUUCCACUGUUUUGACUGAUCAUCAUGGCUUCAGUUUGGAAGAGACUACAGCGUGUGGGGAAACACGCAUCCAAGUUCCAGUUUGUGGCCUCCUACCAGGAGCUGAUGGUUGAAUGUACCAAGAAAUGGCAACCAGAUAAACUGGUGGUAGUUUGGACAAGAAGAAGCCGAAGGAAGUCUUCCAAGGCUCAUAGCUGGCAGCCUGGAAUAAAAAAUCCAUACCGUGGUGUUGUAGUGUGGCCUGUUCCUGAAAACAUUGAAAUCACUGUGACACUUUUUAAGGAUCCUCAUGCAGAGGAAUUUGAAGAUAAAGAGUGGACAUUUGUCAUAGAAAAUGAAUCCCCUUCUGGUCGAAGGAAAGCUCUUGCUACCACCAGCAUCAACAUGAAACAGUAUGCAAGCCCAAUGCCAACUCAGACUGACGUCAAGUUAAAAUUCAAGCCAUUGUCUAAAAAAGUUGUAUCUGCCACUCUUCAGUUUUCAUUAUCUUGCAUUUUCCUUCGGGAGGGAAAAGCCACGGAUGAAGACAUGCAAAGUUUGGCUAGUUUGAUGAGUAUGAAGCAAGCUGACAUUGGCAAUUUAGAUGACUUUGAGGAAGAUAAUGAAGAUGAUGAAGAGAACCGAGUGAACCAAGAGGAAAAAGCAGCAAAAAUCACAGAGCUUAUCAACAAACUUAACUUUUUGGAUGAAGCAGAAAAGGACUUGGCCACUGUGAAUUUAAAUCCAUUUGGUGAUCCUGAUGUAGCAGAAUUAAACCCAUUUGGAGAUCCUGACUCAGAAGAACAAAUCACUGAAGCAAUUUCACCUAAAAAACCAGAAGAACCCUUUUAUAAUAACAGCUAUAAUCCCUUUAAAGAGGUACAGACUCCACAGUAUUUGAACCCAUUUGAUGAGCCAGAAACCUUUGUAACUAUAAAGGAUUCUCCUCCCCAGUCUACAAAAAGAAAAAAUAUAAGACCGGUGGACAUGAGCAAAUAUCUCUAUGCUGAUAGUUCUAAAGCUGAAGAAGAGGAGUUGGAUGAAUCAAAUCCUUUUUAUGAACCUAAACCAACUCCUCCUGCAAAUAAUUUGGUAAGUCCAGUUCAAGAACUGGAAACUGAAAGGAGGGUAAAAAGAAAAGCCCCAGCCCCACCAGCCGUCUCACCAAAGACAGGAGGAAUAAAUGAAAACACAGUUGUUUCUACAGGAAGAGAUCUCUCCACUUCUCCUAAGCCGAGUCCUAUACCAAGUCCUGUUUUGGGACGAAAGCCAAAUGCUAGUCAGUCGUUGCUUGCAUGGUGCAAAGAAGUUACAAAAAACUACCGGGGAGUGAAAAUCACCAAUUUUACCACAUCGUGGAGAAAUGGUUUAUCUUUUUGUGCAAUAUUACACCACUUUAGACCAGAUUUAAUUGACUACAAGUCUCUGAAUCCUCAAGACAUUAAAGAGAACAACAAAAAGGCAUAUGAUGGAUUUGCCAGCAUAGGAAUUUCCCGGUUAUUGGAACCUUCCGAUAUGGUUUUAUUAGCAAUUCCUGACAAACUGACUGUUAUGACCUAUCUCUAUCAAAUAAGGGCACAUUUCAGUGGCCAAGAACUAAAUGUUGUUCAAAUAGAAGAAAACAGCAGUAAAAGCACAUAUAAAGUUGGAAACUAUGAAACAGAUACAAAUAGUUCUGUUGAUCAGGAAAAGUUCUAUGCAGAGCUUAGUGAUCUGAAACGGGAGCCUCAGCUGCAGCAGCCUGCCAGUGGAGCGGUAGACUUCUCAUCCCAGGACGACUCUGUAUUUGUGAACGAUAGUGGGGUCGGAGAGUCAGAAAGCGAACACCAGACUCCUGAUGAUCAUCUCAGUCCAAGCACAGCCUCGCCUUACUGUCGCAGGACUAAAAGUGACACAGAACCCCAAAAGUCUCAGCAGAGCUCUGGAAGGACUUCAGGAUCCGAUGACCCUGGAAUAUGUUACAAUACAGAUUCAAACCACGCACAAGUAUUGUUAGGCAAGAAGAGACUGUUGAAAACUGAGGCUUUAGAAUUAAGUGAAUUAUACGUUAGUGAUAAGAAGGAUGUGUCUCCACCCUUUACUUGUGAGGAGACCGAUGGGCAAAAGCUUCAGAAUCUAGAUGUCAGUAGUAACUUGGAGCAAGAAAAAUUAGAGAAUUCCAGACCCUUAGAAUGCAGAUCAGAUCCUGAAUCACCUGUCAAAAAACCAAGUUCAUCUCCCACUUCUAAACUUGGAUACUUAUACAAUAGAGAUGCAGACCUUGCAAAGAAAAAACGUACUUCCCUGAGGCAGACAGAGUCUGAUUCAGAUGCUGAUAGAACCACCUUAAAUCAUGCAGAUCAUUCUGCAAAAACAGUCCAGCAUCGAAUGUUAUCCAGACAAGAAGAACUCAAAGAAAGAGCAAGAGUUCUGCUUGAGCAAGCAAGAAGAGAUGCAGCUUUAAAGGCAGGGAAUAAGCAGAAUACCAACGCAGCCACACCACUCUGCAACAGGCAGCUAAGUGAUCAGCAAGAUGAAGAGCGACGUCGGCAGCUGAGAGAGAGAGCUCGUCAGCUAAUAGCAGAAGCUCGAUCUGGAGUGAAGAUGUCAGAACUUCCCAGCUAUGGUGAAAUGGCUGCAGAAAAGUUGAAAGAAAGGUCAAAGGCAUCUGGAGAUGAAAAUGAUAAUGUUGAGAUAGAUACUAACGAGGAGAUUCCCGAAGGCUUUGUUGUAGGAGGUGGAGAUGAACUUACUAACUUAGAAAAUGACCUUGAUACUCCCGAACAAAACACUAAGUUGAUGGACUUGAAGCUGAAGAAACUCCUAGACACUCAGCCACAGGUGGCAAAUUCACUUUCCAGCGCUACUCAGAAAGCUAUAACUGAAAGUUCAGAGCAAGACAUUAAGAAUGGCACAGAAGAUCUCCGAACUGAGAGAUUACAAAAAGCAACAGAACGAUUUAGAAAUCCUGUUGUGUUUAGCAAGGAUUCUACAGUCAGAAAAACUCAACUUCAGUCUUUCAGUCAAUAUGUUGAGAAUAGACCAGAGAUGAAAAGGCAGAGAUCAAUACAGGAAGAUACAAAGAAAGGAAAUGAGGAGAAGGCAGCGAUAACUGAAACUCAGAGGAAGCCAUCAGAAGAUGAAGUGCUUAAUAAAGGGUUCAAAGACACCAGUCAGUAUGUUGUAGGAGAAUUGGCAGCACUAGAGAAUGAGCAAAAGCAAAUUGACACCCGUGCCGCGCUGGUGGAGAAGCGCCUUCGCUAUCUCAUGGACACAGGAAGGAACACAGAAGAAGAAGAAGCUAUGAUGCAGGAGUGGUUUAUGUUAGUUAAUAAGAAAAACGCCUUAAUAAGGAGAAUGAACCAGCUCUCCCUCCUGGAAAAAGAACAUGAUUUAGAACGACGGUAUGAGCUGCUGAAUCGGGAAUUGCGGGCAAUGCUAGCCAUUGAAGACUGGCAGAAGACCGAGGCCCAGAAGAGACGCGAGCAACUCCUACUGGAUGAGCUGGUGGCCCUAGUGGACAAGCGCGACGCGCUCGUCAGAGACCUGGACGCGCAAGAGAAGCAGGCCGAAGAAGAAGAUGAGCAUUUGGAGCGAACUCUGGAGCAAAACAAAGGCAAGAUGGCCAAGAAGGAAGAGAAAUGUGUUCUUCAGUAGAAGCCGGACCAGAAUUUUGACCAACAUUUUAUUAGUCUUGGGUCCC